CGCUGUCAUUCGGCCACGGUCGGUUUCAGGAGAGAGGGGCAGCCAAGGAAGCGCACACAGGAAUCGGCCGGCUCUGUAGAAAAGACAGUUAGCGAGAGAAUAUCCUUAAAAUCAAAGGGAAAAAAAUGACACCGAUCGAAUAAGGCUUGUGAGAGAACCGCGGCCGGAUACAUCUCAGUCAUUGCCACGUUAACAAAGCUCGUUGAUCAGCCAGAUCAGGAGCAGCAGAUAGAGAGCUGUGUCAUUGAGCAGGCAGGACACGUCAGGAGAAGAGAGAGAGCAAGAGAGAGAGAGAGAGAAAAAGCUGACCGACUGCACUGUUAGAGUCAGCUAUCAAAUCGCCUCUGAAAAGCUUUUGCCUGACGCACUCGUUUUUUUUUUUUUUCAAGGACACCGCCUUGCUUUCAAACGGAGCAAAGGAUCUCGACAAAGACGUCGCCGAGGUCGAAGGUGGUGAUCAGAAGGACAAACGAUCACGGGAUAGCUUUUGUGUGUGGGGGGAGAAAACAAAUGGGGGAUUACGGGUUUGGAGUCCUAGUUCAAAACAACACUGGCAACAAGUCUGCAUUCCCAGUUCGAAUCCACCCGCAUCUGCAGCCCCCACACCACCACCAAAAUGUGUCGCAGAGCCCUGCUGCUUUCAUAAACAGCACCACAGCCGCAGGGAAUGGCACCACGGGGGGCUCUCCCUGGCUCUUUCCUGCCUCAGCCACCCACAACAGCGUGCAAGACGAAAUCCUGGGGGGCCCAGAGAAGCCCAAAGCGCAGCAGCAACAGGAAAUGCAAGAAACGCAAGAAAAGCAGCAGCAGUUGUCCCCUGGGAGUCACCAGGAGGGUGGUGGUGGGAUCAUUUCAGAACUGGAAAAGGCCCGGUCAGAUGAAGGCAAGACGGACAACGGCACGUCUGAUGGAAGUAACGGAAAGGAGAAGCAGUUGCGUCUCGACUCUCCUGUCUUGACGGGCUUUGAUUACCAGGAGACGUCCGGUCUUGGGGGAACUGGCCAGGUCCAGUCCGGUACAACCUCGUCAUCACUUACUGGCUUCAACAACUGGUCAGCUGCUAUCCCGCCGGCGCCAUCAACUAUCAUCAAUGAGGAUGUCGGCUUCUUCAACCCGGCGUCUGCCAACAACGGGCCCCUGCUGUUCCAGAACUUCUCACACCACGUCAGCCCAGGGUUUGGCGGAAACUUCUCUCCCCAGAUUGGACCAGCGGCGGCCUUGUCCCAGCACCACCCGGCUCCCCCACCACACCCUCACUUCCAACACCCCCACAACCAACACCAGCAGCAUCGGCGCUCCCCGGCCUCGCCACACCCUCCACCGCCCUUUCCGCACAGGAAUCCGGCUUUCAGCCAGUUGCCGCAUUUGUCCAACAGCCUGAACAAGCCCCCGUCCCCCUGGGGUCCAGCCAGUUACCAGAGCCCCGCUCCCUCCCCCGGCUCCUCUACCUCCUGGAGUCCUGGAGGAGGCUAUGGUAGCGGCAGCGGCGGCUGGGGAGGCUCUCAGGGCAGAGAUUAUCGCAGAGGGCUGAACGGCGGAAUGACCCCCAUCAACUCCAUCUCUCCUCUGAAGAAGACCUUUCCGAACAACCAUGUGGCGUCCCAGAAGUACCCUCGAAACAGUCCCGCAGGCUUCAACCCCAAGUCCUGGAUGGAUGAGGGAGUCGGCCGCAGCGAUAACAUCUUCCCCUUCCAGGAACGCACCAGAUCAUUCGACAGCUUCAACAUGAACACGCUCGAGAGCUCCCUGAUCGACAUCAUGAGGGCCGAGCAGGACACUCUGAAAGGUCGUCUGGGGUUCCCCCAUCCAGGAGCAGACAACCCGUUACCCCUCAAUGCCAGGAAUUAUAGCAGGAGACGAGGCCACUCCUCUCUCUUCCCAAUGGAGGAUGGUUUCCCUGACGACGAGCGCAGUGAUCAGGGCCUGGGCUCUCCACACUGCUUUCCACACCAGAACGGAGAGCGUGUCGAGCGUUACUCACGCAAGGUCUUUGUGGGAGGACUGCCCCCGGACAUCGAUGAAGAUGAGAUCACCGCCAGUUUCCGGCGUUUUGGACACCUGUUUGUGGACUGGCCUCACAAAGCGGAGAGCAAAUCCUAUUUCCCACCCAAAGGCUACGCCUUCCUGCUGUUCCAGGAUGAGAGCUCAGUGCAGGCUUUGAUUGACGCCUGCAUCGAGGAGGACGGCAAGCUGUACCUCUGCGUGUCCAGCCCCACCAUCAAAGACAAGCCGGUCCAGAUCCGCCCGUGGAACCUGAACGACAGCGAUUUUGUGAUGGAUGGAUCUCAGCCUCUGGACCCGAGGAAAACCAUCUUUGUUGGAGGUGUCCCUCGUCCGCUCCGUGCAGUGGAGCUGGCCAUGAUCAUGGACCGCCUGUACGGUGGCGUUUGCUACGCCGGCAUCGACACAGACCCCGAGUUGAAGUACCCCAAGGGAGCCGGGCGGGUCGCCUUCUCUAACCAGCAGAGCUACAUUGCUGCUAUCAGCGCUCGCUUUGUCCAGCUGCAGCACGGAGAAAUCGAUAAACGGGUGGAAGUGAAGCCAUACGUGCUGGACGACCAGCUGUGCGAUGAGUGCCAGGGGACUCGCUGCGGCGGGAAGUUUGCGCCGUUCUUCUGCGCCAACGUCACCUGCCUGCAGUACUACUGCGAGUACUGCUGGGCGGCCAUCCACUCACGCGCCGGACGAGAGUUUCACAAACCCCUGGUGAAGGAAGGAGGCGACCGACCCCGUCACAUCUCCUUCCGCUGGAACUGAGCGGGCGGCGGAGAGAGGGAGAGAGGCAACAGGGCAGCAGGAGGGCAGGUAGUGCAGGAGUCGCAAAUCAUUGUACAAAUAAAUGCACUUUUCUGUUGCUGGUUCCUUUUUGUUCCAAUUUCGCUGAACCUUUUUCCUAAUUUUUGUUAAGUUAAUAUAUAUCUAUAUUUUGAAGAUAGAAAAGAAAAACUGGAAUUGUAUCCAAAUAUGUCCAGCAAGGAAAAAAGAUGUGUAACAUAAUUUUAUUUAUGCGUUUGAUUUUUUUAAAAGAAUAUUUUAUUGGUUUCUCAAAAAAAGUACAUAUAUAGGAAAGUUUGAAGUUUGAUAUGGUACUCUGCUAUUCAAUUGGCAAUUUUUUUCUAAAUGUAUUUUAAUUUUGAUACAAGAGGCCCCAAAACAAUACACUUUAUUUGAUAUUUGAUUGACUUGUUUUGUAGCAGAGCUAUUGCUUUUUAUUGUGUACCGAGUCUCCAGAGGCUGUUUGUUUUCUGAAAGGUGUUCUCUAUUGAUCCAAGAGGCUCCAGAACAAAUGUGAAUUGAAAAAGGUGUUGCUAAAGAAGAGUGCACUUAUUUCCAAUUCUAAAAAGUAUACGAGACCCUUCGUAGUUUACCAAAGCGGAAUCUUGAAUUGACUUUGAGGAACAGAGGGCCCACUGCAGAACGAAAUGGAUUCUUUUCCCUCCCAUAUCAAAAUGUUUGAACCUUUCUCUUUAUGAUUUCCAACAUCAUUAAAAUCUUUUGACGUUACUUGAAAAUUGCAACAAAAUUUUUAGCAAACACAUAUUUGGGUUUUGAUCUCCAUUUUGACAUGCAAAAACUAAUACCUCAAACUCAGCUGCUAAUGUGCCGAAAGACAGUUAAAGAGCAAGGGAAGAAAAGCGAGAGAGAGAACAUCGUCACCUGCUUGUUUUCUCCUUUCCUUAGAACUAUAAUCAAAGGGAAGUGAUGCAACAGGCAGCGUGUGAUGUCACUGGCACCGUGUUGUACUCGCUUGCUUCAUCACCUCCUUAUUUCUAUAAUCAAACCCAGGGUUGUGCUCGGGACAGAAUACAGUAUACAGUGUAUGAGGGGAAUGUAUGGAGUCGGUAGACAGACCGACUGGGAAAGAGAGUCCAGCCCCACGCCCCCUCCUCAUGUCUGCUGCGGCCUCUGCUGCUAAGCUCGCGGCUAACAAAGGGGCGGGCCUCGCGGACCGAACCCUGCUUUCUGUGUCCGUCGGGUUUGGAUCCAGAUCCUUCAGGACUGCAGUUCUGCUAACUCCUCGAGAGAAGGCCGGUCGAGUGGCCGCCUUUUCACUGCAGUUUCUACGGGGACGACCACCAAACAGGGAAAAAAUGCCUGUCCUUUUUUUGUUAGUGUCUUUUUAUUUUAGUUUUAAUGCUUUUGUGCAGUUCUCCCCAGUCUUCAAUGAAAAAAAGUUCUACUUUGCAUCUGAGAGUCAGCUACAUUUAAUAAAAGAAGCAAUUCAAUGUCUGAUUCUCCCAGUCGUCAGCACACGUUUGAGUCACGAAGGGGUCUCCGCCCUUUCGGCGAGACCCGUUAUCCUUUCUCCUGCUCAGCUAAUCCAACUCAGCAUCCAGUGUUUUUGAAGCAUAAAUGAAGAUAGUCUCUGCAGUGUGCUCUACUACUACACACUUGUGACCCACAUGCAGUUUGCUCUCGAUGGCAGUCGGUUGUACCCGGUGGUUUUUUGGGAACCAAAGAUGGCUGUGCAGUAGUGGGUCAUACUGUAGCUCAUUUCUUAUUUAGGUCGUUAUUCUUAUUUUUCUUUCUCAUUUCUUUCCAGGAUGUUUUCUCAUAUAUAUUUUUUUCAUUCUGUCACUUCGACCCAGUUUUGCUCAUCUGUCAAGCCCAGUAAACCAAAGAUUGGCCUUGAACAUAAUGUAUUUAUAUAUAUAUAUAUAUUUGACAGUGCAGUUAAAACGCAUUAGAACACCACUGGAAAAACAACAGGGCUUGUAGACACAGACGUACACACACACACACACACACACACAAGGCACCAUAGCUCAAAAUGAAGGUGCACGCUUGUAGGCACAGUUCUUUUUAUCUCAAAUAGGUCUGCGGGAAGUUAAACAUUAAGUGCACAUUCACACAGCAAAAGUCAAACUAGUCCUUACAUCUGUUUGACGUUUCCCGUCACUCAGUGGGAACCGACUAGCCGAGCAUUUAAAUAUGUCAGGGAGUUGGUACAGAAACUUGAUCAUACACACUAGUGAGAAACGUUUCCUCAUAUCGCCGUCGUUGCACCAGUUUUGCACCCUGGACAUUAGUUGUGUGGUGGGUGAGCAUUUUAGAAGUUAAAACACUUUGUGAAGAAUUUGCUGUUAAAUGAGAUGAAAAAAAUUUAUUUUAUACAUGGCCUGCUGAUUUUUGGUACAGUGUUUUCUAGCUAAAUUAUUUUGUCAUGCACAUAUAAACAUUUAUUAUGCACUACUUUUCUAAAUAUUUUUUCUUUUUCCAACAGUCAUUUUAGGCACAUUUUUCACAAAUGGGGAAACUCCUUUUUGCAAUACCUCAAUUUUUCACAUUGUGAAAGGUAGCUUUUGUACUUUUGUUACUGAGAGAUCUGCAUAUAUGGAAAUGUUCAUUUUAAGAAAAAAAGUUGGGUGAUUUCAAUAUAUAUUAUUUUCAAUUAUGCUUUUUAUACAUUUCAGUGCUGAGGAAACUUUACAACUAAGUGCGCACUUCUGUUGACGCGGCUUCAGAUCUGCAGAGGAGAGACCAAAGUGUAUUGCUCUCUUGGUCUUAGCUUUUCGUACACUAAAUAUUUCCAGGCAAUCUGGUCAAUAACAGCAUGGCGAGAAUAAUAAAAAAUUAAAAAACAGUUGUAAUUUGAAAUCGAUGUUAAUGUCUCUAAACAUGGCUAUACUAGUUGGAAAAUGGUAACUUCUGUCUUGGUUUCCUCUCCAUAGAUGGAGUAUAACUUAUUAUAAGGAGAAUGCAAAAUUUGGUUCCCGCGUAACGCUGAAUCUCGUAUCACAAGAAUGGAUGUUUGGUGUUUAGAUAUUUUAAUAUUUCAAAAAAAGUAUAUAUAUAUAUCUAUAUUCUUGAACUUGCCAACUAGCACCUAUUGUAAUCCUUAGCAUGCAUGACAAAAAAAAGAAGAGAAAAUGACAAGUACAUGAAUUAGCUAUUAAAAUUAAUUGUUGUGGUGUGCACCAAAUGUUUCUCAACUAUUAAGUUGUUAAGGACACCCCAAACCCGCUCUCACCCCCCCCCCCCCUCCCCUGCCCUGCCCUGCCCUCGUGUUGACCGCCUCGCUUCCCCAUAUGCAGACCUCUGCAGGAUGCACAUGACCGAGAUAAGUCGAGAACCAGACAGAAGCGUAACGUUGAAUGAUCGGGGCAGUGCGGGACUUUGAGCAUCCUUUAGAGCGACACUGUUCGGAAAGACUGGAGAGCUCACGCUGUCUGUCGAGGGAUCGUAUGUAGACCUAUCUGGAGGAAGGGGAGCUUAAAGACUUGAAUGUGGUAAAUGUUGCAAGUUAACUUCAAGUUGUUAUGUGCAAUACUUCUUUUGAACCUUUUUCCAGAUAAAGACUCUUUGCAAUGUAAUUCUUUAAUGCCAUUUUUAAUUGCAGACAUUUAAUUAAAGAAGAUGUUAAUAUGUUUUUCACAGUCAUUUUCUACUGUUAUUGUAAUCCUUUUCAUGCUGGUGUUUGUAAAAAAGAAAAGAAAUCAAACUAUUUGUACUAAUAUAAAUAAUUGAAGUUAUUUUUAAAACAUUAAAGGUUUUGUGCUCAUUUGCUUAUUUUGUUUAUUUUAAGCUACUGUGAUUGAUUGCAUUGUAAUUAUUAGGUCAACAAUGUAUUUAGAUGUUUAUUGGUAUAUUUUUAAUUGGAAUGUAUAAUUGAUUUUUAUAAUUUUGAUCAGAUUUUUGUUAUAUUUUUGAGGUGAAGCUUUUAAUAUGUUAAAGUGUCUAGUUUUUACUAAUUGCUAUAUUGUGCUCCACAAUAUAUGGUUCACAUUUUCUGAAGGAAAAUAAAUAUUUAAAUAUUUGUCUGUUAAUGAUGUUACUUAAUGGCAAGAUUUCAAUAGUUUUUAACUGUGUAUGGGAAGGUUGUUGUAUUUAUUAAUAGCAUUUUUUUACUUAAGAUAUCACCUUAAUUUUUAUUGUCAUUUCACUUUAUAAGUUCCUAUUUUUGUAUUUUCCUUUCUAAUUAAGUUAUGUAAUACAGAUAUGUCCAUAUUUCUAGGAGUUGGUCUGUAGAAGUGCUAGUAAAACGAAAAAGAAAAAUCUAAUGUUAUUUAAUUGUUUGCAGCCAACUAUUUAUAACAGUAUGCAUAAUUUUUAAAUAUUUGUAAUGUGAAAUGUUGAAUGAAAUAAAUCUUAACUGUGAUGAAAAUA